CUAGGCUCCAAUUGCAUAUCCAAUUCCUUGCGUUCUACUUUCAAGAGAUUGGGUGUAUAGGUAAUGAUGUCGGCAUCGGCUUCGAGUACUCGUGAGUAUCCGUCAUUAAACAUGACGUAUUCAUUUCUUGUUGCAUGUAAGAACAAUAACACGGUUUUACUGGAGCAAGCGCAAAAGACUACGCUUAACACCAGUUGAAAAUGACAGUCCCAUCAGCGUCCAUGAAGUUUCCGUUACUUUACAUGUUUAAUUCCAACGAUAGUGCUUUAAAAAUGGAGUUGCACCAACGCUGGGAUGGAGAGUUUUUCACAGAUGCACGGCUAUGUACUGUUAUGCAAAUUUAUUCCGCAUGUUUCUCCGAAGUUGUAACCAUCAGUGGAAUAUGUAGAAGAGUUGGGGUUAAAAAGACUAUCAUUAUAUUUGGGGUUCACAUAUUGAAGGUUUUGUAUUUUGUGAACGUACUUUGGAUCAUACAACUACGGAAUAAAGGGGUCAUUUAAUCCGGGGUGCGUUACGGGUUUCUAUUCUACAGUUGUGAAACACCAUGGAUGAAAUGAAGGGAAACUUGUGAUAAUUGGAGGCCCUAUA